AUGGCGGUUCUAGACAAAUUAUUUCGAGCAACUCGAGCAUGGCGCGGAUCUCUCUCUCAUCCUAAAUCCAUGGUUCCUUCACUCCCACGAGCACUAGAGCUUCGUCGCAGUUUCUAUCGCGGUACACUUCACGGAACCUUUGAGCAGAGUAAUUCAAAAGUUAGUACAGUCUUGAGAUCUUGUAGCACACAAAACGAUUCUCCUUGCUUUUCCAUGGGACCUGCAGUUUUGGGUGCUCUAUUAAGCGUUGGAUCAAUAGGAGUAGCUUAUGCUGAAUCUGAAGAGGCUAAUGACAACAAGUCAUCUGCCCCUGUAGAUCCUCCACAAAACUAUGUAGACGUUGCCAAGAAAGAACGUGCUCGAAUUGAAGAACUAAUCAAAAGUAAAGGAACUCGAACGGGUUCUUAUCCACGAUUUAAUGUUGCUGUCAGAGGUCAAAAGAUUACCUUGAAGUUCCAAGUUCCUUCUACUUGCGAAGUCGCGCAGUUAAUAGCAAACAUUGGAUCACAACUAGGUGUGAAAGUCUCAGAUCAAACUGGUGGUUCAGACAUGCUGUUGCGUGCUUGGGACAAUCCUGUCGCAUGGCAAGUAACACUUCGUAGUGUGGAAAACAAGAAGGAACCAGGAGGGACUGAGGAUGAAGCAGAUGAAGACUUGUGCAUUCUUAUCUUUGGUUCCUUAAUUACCUCUGAUAAAGCAGAAGUUGAGUUCAUAAAGAAGGGAAGCUUGACUACUGAAGAACUCGAGGCUUUUGUUUCAGCUUUGCAAGUAGCUGGUACGAAAGCUGGACAAAAUAAGGGAGGUAGAGGAAUAAAUGGAUCACGUGAACCAUCUAUGAACGAAUCUAUUUCUCAAUUGGAAGCGAUGGGUGUGAGAAUCUAUGGAGUUAACAAACCUCUUGGGGAUGAUUCUGUCGAUGAGAUAUCAUGGGACAAUAUUGCUGGAUAUGAUCAGCAAAAGCGAGAGAUAGAAGAUACGAUAUUGAUGGCCCUUCAUAGUCCUGAAGUAUAUGAUGACAUAGUCCGUGGAACACGGUCCAAGUUUGAAUCAAAUAGACCCCGGGCUGUGCUAUUUGAGGGCCCACCAGGAACUGGGAAGACAUCUUGUGCGCGUGUUAUUGCUAAUCAGGCGGGCAUUCCGUUGCUGUAUGUGCCGCUUGAAGCUGUACUGUCCAAGUAUUAUGGUGAAAGCGAGCGGCUUCUUGGGGCUGUGUUUUCAAAAGCAAAUGAGCUCUGUGAUGGUGCAAUUAUAUUUCUUGAUGAGAUUGAUGCCUUUGCUAUUUCUCGUGAUAGUGAGAUGCAUGAAGCAACUCGUAGAGUUUUAUCUGUACUACUAAGGCAGAUUGAUGGGUUUGAACAGGACAAAAAAGUGGUUGUAAUUGCUGCAACCAACCGAAAACAAGAUCUUGAUCCCGCUUUGAUCAGCCGGUUUGAUUCCAUGAUCACGUUUGGAUUACCGGACUUACAAACUCGUCAAGAAAUCAUCGCCCAAUACGCUAAACAACUCUCAAAGACUGAACUAGUCCAGCUUGCUCAAGCCACAGAAUCAAUGUCAGGCAGGGAUAUUCGGGAUGUAUGUCAAGGAGCAGAACGAACAUGGGCUUCAAAGUUGAUUCGUCGAGCAAAAGCCAGUGGAGAACAACAACAAAUCACUCUCCCUCCAAUACAAGAGUACUUGGAAAGCGCUGAAGCUCGACGCAAAGCUCUUCUUAGUGUUAGAGAACAGAGAGAGCAAAACAACGCUGCGCGUUCGAGGAAACCUCUGCUAGAUUUCGAGUGA